GUUGGAAAAAAGUAAAUGGGAGGAGUUUAAAAAUAGGGAAGAACAUUAGUUAAAGGCCGUACAAAGGUUGAUGUACAUUGUUUUCCCGUCAUGAGAAAAAGGAGAAGUGGCAAUAAAACGGUCAUUAUCAGUCAACAGAGAAGAAACAGAGAGAGAGGGGAAAGAGAGACAGAAAGAGGGAGAGAGACACUAAAAUAGACGACAGCUGUCAUGUUGAAGAACAGUUAAACAGACAGCUUUGUUUGUAGUUUAAGAAUGACUUCGGGCUGCAAGAGUUAAAUAGUAUAUUCUGUUGUUUACUCUGACUACAGACCGGUUUGAUAAUGGGACAAGUUUUGCUUUUAGUUUUGCUGUGUGUGGUUUCUGCAUCGGGCCAGAGUCUAGCAGAUGUUGACUAUGUUUCAGUAAUUCACAGAACAGAGUUUGAGUUAACUUUACAAUGGUAUAAAGUCAAUAACAACAACAAUUACAGUUAUGUGCUGAUAAACAGCAAUGGAACAGAGACUGAAAUCCCAACACCUGAAACUGAUCCUGUAGUGACACAUACAGUCUCUUCUUUGUCUGCUGGCACUAAAUACUCAUUUACUCUCUUCACUGAGUUUGAAGGUGUGAGGAGCAGAGGAUAUAACUUCUACAAUGUCACCGCUCCCUCUAAUGUUGAGGCCAUUUUAGUGGUUAACCGAAAAGAGUUUGAGUUAACUUUACAAUGGUAUAAAGUCAAUAACAACAGCAAUUACAGUUAUGUGCUGAUAAACAGCAAUGGAACAGAGACUGAAAUCCCAGCACCAGAAACUGAUCCUGUAGUGACACAUACAGUCUCUUCUUUGUCUGCUGGCACUAAAUACUCAUUUACUCUCUUCACUGAGUUUGAAGGUGUGAGGAGCAGAGGAUAUAACUUCUACAAUGUCACCGCUCCCUCUAACGUUGAGGCCAUUUUAGUGGUUAACCGAAAAGAGUUUGAGUUAACUUUACAAUGGUAUAAAGUCAAUAACAACAGAAAUUACAGUUAUGUGCUGAUAAACAGCAAUGGAACAGAGACUGAAAUCCCGGCACCAGAAACUGAUCCUGUAGUGAUACACACAGUCUCUUCUUUGUCUGCUGGCACUAAAUACUCCUUUAUUCUCUAUACUGAGUUUGAAGGUGUGAGGAGCAGUGGAUAUAACUUCUACAAUGUCACCAUGCCAUCUAAUGUUGCCAAGGUGUCUGUAGUGAAUAGUGAUGACACUGCCAUGAUCUUACAAUGGAACAUUGUAACAAACACAGACAACAACACGUAUAACUACACUCUAAAAUACAGAAAUGAAUUAACGGAGGAAACCCUUACUAUAAAUACAGAUGACAAUUCUUUAGUAAUACGUGGUUUAAUUCCUGCGACAAUUUACAGCUUCAUUCUGUACACCAUAUUUGAUGAUGUGAGAAGCACGGGAUACAACUUUACCAACUCCACAACUCUAUCUGACGUAACUGAAGUAAGAGUGACACAUCGAACAGAGACACAUUUGACUAUUGAAUGGGAUAAGUUGAACAAAGACAACAUCUACAACUACACCUUGAAUCAAAGUUCUGGAAAUGAGAUACCUUUUACUGGAUCUGUACAUGGCGAUGUGAUCAGAUACGAGCUCUCUCACCUCACGCCGGGAACUGUAUAUGAAUUUACUCUCUUCACUGUUGUGAAAUACAAUAAGAGCAGCGGAAACCAUUUUAAGAAUAUCACCACCAUUGACUGUGCGUCCAUUGACUGGCAUGUCACCAACUCAUCGAUAAAUGCAACGCAAGUGAUUGGCAGCACACGUGUCACAGCUAAAAACAGCACACACAAUGAAUUGAGUCUACCUGUAGAGCAGAACAGCGUGAAUCUUCAAAGCCUUUAUCCCGGUGCAAGAUACACUGUUUCGCUAUGGUAUGACUUCACAGAAUCACAGAAACUUCUACAAUGCUCACAAAAUCUGACAUUAGCUCCAAACAGUGUAUCACGUCUGCACUGUAACUAUUUCUCCGGAGGCUACGGUCUGAAUGUAGUUUGGGACACUCCGUAUGGAGUUGUGAAUGUGGUGCAGGUGGAUGUUGCUGGAAAAAGUUUCAACCAAUCAACGAGCAGACAGGAGGUAAAGGGACUGCAGGUUGCCCAGUGGUACAGAGUGACGGCGACAUCGUUCUCUGGAAACAUGAAGAGUCCUGCAGUAUUAGCCAACUGUCAAACUGACCCAACAGGAGUCAUAGCAGGUGUUCUUGUGUUUUUCCUGUUGGUCAUCCUUAUUUGUGCUGGUGUCUUUUUAUGGCGUCGCAAGAGGAAGCAUGUUGGAGGGUCUAAACAACAUGUGGAGUAUCCAACAACAAAAGUAUCUAACAACAAAAUGUACAAACCAAUCCCCAUAGAUAAAUUUCCAGAACAUUUUCGAAACAUGAGUCGUGAUGAGAACAGAGGUUUCAGUGAGGAAUAUGAGGAUCUUGGUUUAGUGGGUUUAGAACUGCCUCGUGAAACAGCCAAAUUGCCUGAAAACAAGAGCAAAAAUCGAUUCUCCAAUGUUUUAGCUUAUGACUGUUCAAGAGUUCAUCUCUCCAUCGAUGAUGAUGGUGAUUCUGAUUAUAUAAAUGCCAACUACAUGCCUGGUUAUGGCAAGGCUAGUAAGCAGUACAUUGCAGCUCAAGGUCCACUCCCCUCCACCGUCAAUGACUUCUGGAGAAUGGUCUGGGAGAGAAGAUCACAGGCCAUCAUCAUGGUCACCAACUGCACUGAGAGAGGAACUAUUAAGUGUGAGCAGUACUGGCCAUUGGAUUACACACCUUGUCUCUAUGGAAAUUUGCUUGUCACGGUCACAUCUGAAGAUAAAGCACAAAGUUGGACUUUGCGUGAGUUUACUGUCAACAAUAAAGACACCUCUGAGACACGAACAGUGAAACAUUUCCACUUCACUGCAUGGCCAGAUCACGGCGUUCCUUUAGGAACAGAGGAGCUGAUCCAAUUCAGAGGCCUCGUUCGACAGCACAUUGAGAGCUCCCCUUCUGCAGGACCAAUGGUUGUACACUGCAGUGCUGGAGUGGGCAGGACGGGUACACUCAUUGCCCUGGAUGUUAUGCUACAGCAACUGGAGAGAGAGAAGGCGGUGGGCAUCGCAGAAUUCGUUCAGAAAAUGAGACUACACCGACCACUCAUGGUGCAAACUGAGUCUCAGUAUGUGUUCCUGCACCAGUGCAUCAUAGACACCCGGCAAAACAAAGACAUUCCCAUGCCACAAGAGCAUCUCUAUGAAAACUCAGAAAUGAUCUUUGCCAAUGCAAUGGCUUUGAAAGAAUAUGACCAAAGCAAGUAAAAU